CUGUUUUCCCUCCGCCGUUUUGCUUGUAUCAGACGUACUUUUCUGUCUCGCUGUCUCGCUAGCACCUCCAACAUGCUUGCCAUCGUGGUUUUGUCCCUGUUCGGGGCUGUUCUUGGGUUCCCGGCGGAUUUUGAGGAGGCUAUCCCCGUGGCCGAACCGGAGCCGGGAGUGAACUGGGCGGUGUUGAUCGCCGGUUCAACCGGCUGGGGGAACUAUCGUCACCAGGCUGACGUGUGCCACGCCUACCAGAUCCUGCACAGGAACGGUAUCCCGGAUGAGAGGAUCGUGGUCAUGAUGGCGGACGAUCUCGCUCACAACAUCAGGAACCCCACCAAAGGAGUCAUCAUCAACCACCCUGACGGACCAGACGUGUACCAUGGAGUUCCCAAGGACUACACCAGAUUCGACGUGACCGCUAAGAACUUCCUGCGUGUGCUGAAGGGAGACCGAGAGGGCGUGGCCGGGAUAGGCAGCGGGAAGGUCAUCGAGAGCGGCCCCCACGAUAACGUGUUUGUGUACUACACUGACCACGGCGCGCCCGGGAUCGUGGCCAUGCCGCACGGAGGCAUGCUGCACGCAGACGACCUGGUCACUACGCUCAAGGAGAUGCACCAGGAGGGCAAGUUCAAUAAGCUGGUGUUCUACCUGGAGUCUUGUGAGUCCGGCUCCAUGUUUGACAAGAUUCUCCCGGACAACAUCAACAUUUUCGCGACCACCGCUGCGAACGGUAAGGAGUCUUCCUACGCGUGUUACAUGGACACGAAGCGGAAGACAUACCUGGGUGAUCUGUACAGCGUCAACUGGAUGGAGGACUCUGACGUGGAACAAGUUUCUAAGGAGACCCUUGAGCAGCAGUUUGAGAAGGUGAAGAUGCUGACCAACCGGAGUCACGUGCAGGAAUAUGGCGACAUGAACAUGAAAAACGACAUUAUUGGACUGUACCAGAGCACCAUCAACUACCCGUCCGCCCCCCUCAAACCUUACAGAAAGGUCCAGCAUGACGCGGUCCCCUCCCCUGACGUGCCGCUCGCCAUCCUGAACCUCCGGCUGGAGACCGCGGAGUCCGAGGAGGAGAGGCAGGCCGUGCUGGCCGAGCUGAAGGAGGAGCUCAACCUCCGGACGAGCAUCGCCCAGACCAUGAAGGAUAUAGUCACCAUGGCAACGGAUGACGCGGACAAGGCUGCGGACAUCCUCGUCAAUCACCAUCGUGAAAUCACCGCCCGCCCCUGCUACAAGGCAGCCGUCAACUACUUCCACGACAAGUGCUACGAUCUGUCGCAGUAUGAGCACGCCCUGCGCCACAUGUACACCCUGGUCAACCUGUGUGAGGAACAGGUGCCUCUGGACAGGGUGACGGCUGCUAUGGACAGCAUUUGCUAGAGCGCGGUGACGACGUUGUUGUAAUUCUAAAGAUAUUUGUAGCUUGUUGAAUUUGUUCUCAAAGCCACCAGAUUUUUUCCAAUUUGGCGACGAAGAAGACUGUAAGUAGCUUUACAGACGACCCAACAAUAUGCAAAUAAAGAAAGCAGAACCGUAAUGAAGUGAGGAAUUAUCGAACAACGUAUGUUCUUCAUUACUUUGUGUUACCAGCGUAGACAUAUAUGGAGAUGAUACACAA